AUGGAACAACUCGACUUGCUAUCUGUGGACGCGUCUCACGCUCCUAAUGGUUGGAGUCUUCUCAGCAAUUUGCCUAUGGUGUAUGGAAAUUUCGUAGAAAUGGGCAAAUCUGGCCACCACAAGGGUGUUCAUAAUGGAACUUCUUCGGCAAAGAACGACUCGUGGUUACUGUGUAACACGCAAAGUGACGGCUGGGGGCCCUUGUCGUCCGAAUACAACGAUAUAACGCCGUGUUUCCUACAAGGUGUGCUCUUUGGGCUUUCUGCUAUUCUUAUGAUAGCAGUAGGUCUGUAUCAAGUUUACAGUCUCAGAAAGAGAAAGAUAUCUGUUUCCAACAGAAAGUCAUGGUCAUUUUACACCAAGUUGCUCUUGGUCGUAUUUCAAUUGGUGUUGCAAGUGGCAUUGGUGGGUCUCUAUGGGGACGUCGGUAUCAUCAAAACGUCUCUCGUACUCAAUGCUAUCGCAACUGUAGUAGCAUUUGCUAUUCAUUACAUAGAACAGUACAAGCUGACAAUUCCAAAUGGCGUAUUGUUAUUUUACUGGUUGUUUCAGAUCAUAUUAAACCUUGGACGUAUAGUCAACAGCCAUUUGCGUAAUGAGAGCCAUACCCAGUUCGCAGUAGUAGUCAUUUUGUCCACUGUCAAUUCUCUUUUCAUUCUUGUCAUAGAGGUCGUUUUUACAAUGCAGCCGUUGACCAGCUACACCAAAUUAAUCCGUGAAUCACCAUAUGAUACUGCUAAUGUCUUUUCCAGAAUCACAUUCGACUGGAUGGGUGCUUUGAUGAAGAGAGGCUACGAGAAGUUCUUGACCGAACGCGACUUGCCUCCUUUGCCAGUAGAAUUGAAGGCCUCUGCCACAUCUAAUCGAUUCGGCAACUUUUGGGAGGGCCAAUCGAAACCAUCGUUGUUUUUGGCUAUUGCAAAAGCCUUUGGUGCUGAAUUUAUGCUUGGUGGAGUCUUUAAAGGUUUGCAAGAUGCCUUGGCUUUUGUGCAACCACAAUUGUUGAGGUUGUUGAUCAAGUUCGUCAAUGACUAUUCCGAGUCGCAGAAGGCUGGUUCUCCUAUUCCGUUAACCAAAGGUUUAUUGAUAGCUGUGUCGAUGUUCGUCGUCUCUGUGGUUCAGACUGCAUGUUUGCACCAGUAUUUUCAAAGAGCCUUUGACACAGGUAUGAAGAUCAAAUCGUCUUUGACUUCAGUUAUCUACAAUAAAGCUUUAGUCUUGUCUAAUGAAACUAAGCAAGAGUCAUCUACUGGUGACAUUGUCAAUUUAAUGUCUGUCGAUGUACAAAGAUUACAAGAUUUGGUACAGAACUUGCAAAUCAUCUGGUCUGGUCCAUUUCAAAUUUUCUUGUGUUUGUAUUCGUUGCAUGGUUUGAUCGGUAAUUCGAUGUGGGCUGGUGUAGCAAUUAUGGUAGUCAUGAUUCCUUUGAAUGCGGUCAUUGCAAGAAUCCAAAAGAGUCUUCAAAAGACCCAGAUGAAGAACAAAGAUGAGAGAUCGAGAUUGAUCAAUGAAAUCUUGAACAAUAUCAAGUCGUUAAAGUUAUACGGUUGGGAACAACCUUAUUUGCAGAGAUUGAACCACGUUAGAAAUGAGAAGGAAUUAAAGAACUUGAAGAAGAUGGGAAUUUUCAGUGCCUUCUCCAACUUCACGUGGACUUUGGCUCCUUUCUUGGUCAGUUGCUCUACUUUUGCUGUUUUUGUCUUGACGGAAAAGAAUAGGAGUUUGUCUACAGACUUGGUUUUCCCAGCCUUGUCAUUAUUCAACCUCUUGUCUUUCCCUCUUGCUGUAGUUCCCAUGGUUAUCACUAACAUUGUAGAAGCCCAGGUAGCUGUUUCCAGAUUGACUAAGUUCUUAACUGGUACUGAAUUACAAGAGGAUGCAGUUAUCAAGGCUCCCAGAGUCAGUAAGAUUGGUGAAACUGCUGUAUCCAUUUCCAAUGGUACUUUCUUGUGGUCAAAGGCUAAAGGUGAUCUGAACUACAAAGUUGCACUUUCCAAUAUCAACUUGUCUGCUAAGAAGGGCCAUUUGGAUUGUAUUGUAGGGAAGGUUGGUUCAGGUAAGUCUUCCAUCAUUCAGGCUGUUCUUGGUGACUUGUACAAGCUUGAUGGUGAGGUGAGAAUUCAUGGUAAGACUGCCUAUGUCUCUCAAGUACCGUGGAUUAUGAACGGAACUGUUCGUGACAACAUUCUUUUCGGCCACAAGUACGAUGCUGAAUUCUAUCAACAUGUCUUGAAGGCUUGUGCUUUGACUGUGGACCUCAGCAUAUUGCCUAAGGGAGAUAGUACUGAAGUAGGUGAAAAGGGUAUUUCUCUUUCUGGUGGUCAGAAGGCUAGAUUGUCAUUGGCUAGAGCUGUAUACGCUAGAGCUGAUGUUUACUUGUUGGACGAUCCUUUGAGUGCUGUAGAUGAACAUGUCGGUAAGCAUUUGACCGAUCAUGUUUUGGGUCCAAAUGGUUUGUUGAAGACGAAGUGUAAAAUUUUGGCAACCAACUCCAUCAAGGUGUUGAGUAUUGCUGACAACAUUCACUUGGUCAGUGAUGGAAGAGUUGUUGAACAAGGUACUUACGACGAUAUAUUCAAGCAGGAAAAUAGUAAGAUUCGUCAAUUGAUCGAAGAAUUUGGUAAGAAGAAAGACAGUGGAACCAGUACUCCUACUAAAGAAAUUAAAGACGAAGAAGAUGAAGAACCUAAGGACAAUGUGGAUUUGGCCAACUUGGAUUCGGACUCUGAUUACGAAGUGGGCAGUUUGAGAAGAGCCUCAGAUGCUUCUCUAUUGGCCGAGGAUGAAGUUGGCUUGUCGGACCAAGAAGAGGAUGAAGAUGAGGAAUCUAAGGCUAGAAAGGAACACCUUGAACAAGGUCAAGUCAAGUGGGAAGUCUACAAGGAAUACGCCAAUGCCUGUAACCCAGUUAACGUUGCCAUUUUCUUGUUUACUGCGUUCUUGUGUUUGUCUAUUAAUGUUGCUUCUAACGUCUGGUUAAAACACUGGUCUGAAGUGAACACUAAGUACGGAUACAACCCCAACGUUGGUAAGUACUUAGGUAUCUACUUUUUGUUGGGUAUUGGAUUUUCUGUAUCUUCCUUGAUUCAAAACUCGUUCUUAUGGAUCUUCUGUACCAUUCAAGGAUCUAAGAAGUUACACAAUCAGAUGGCUGUUAGCGUCUUGAGAGCUCCAAUGUCGUUCUUUGAGACUACACCAAUUGGUAGAAUCUUGAACAGAUUCUCCAAUGAUGUUUACAAGGUCGACGAAAUCUUGGGCAGAGUGUUCAGUAUGUUCUUCAGCAACUCGAUUAAGGUUCUUCUCACUAUCGUAGUUAUCAUUUUCUCCACCUGGCAGUUCGUUUUCCUUGUAUUACCUCUUGGUAUUUUGUACGUUUACUACCAACAGUAUUACUUGAGAACUUCCAGAGAAUUGAGAAGAUUGGACUCUGUUUCAAGAUCGCCAAUCUUUGCCAACUUCCAGGAAUCGUUAACUGGUGUAUCUAUCAUUAGAGCAUAUGGUCAAGAAGAAAGAUUCAAGUUCUUGAACGAGAACAGGGUUGAUAAGAAUAUGAGUGCUUACCAUCCUGCUAUCAAUGCUAACAGAUGGUUGGCAGUCAGAUUGGAAUUCUUGGGAUCAGUUAUCAUUUUGGGUGCUGCUGGUUUGUCGAUUUUGACGUUGAAAUCUGGACGUUUGACUGCUGGUUUAGUUGGUUUGUCUGUUUCUUACGCUCUUCAAAUUACCCAGUCAUUAAACUGGAUUGUUAGAAUGACUGUUGAAGUCGAAACCAAUAUUGUGUCUGUUGAAAGAAUUAUGGAAUACUCGAGAUUAACUCCAGAAGCUCCAGAGAUUAUCGAGGACCACAGACCUGCUGCCAACUGGCCAACCCAGGGUGAAAUCAAAUUCGAAAAUUUCUCUGCCAAAUACAGACCGGAAUUAGAUUUGGUGUUGAAGAAUAUUAAUUUGCAUAUCAAGCCAAGAGAAAAGGUUGGUAUUGUAGGUAGAACUGGUGCCGGUAAGUCUUCAAUCACUUUGUCAUUGUUCAGAAUCAUUGAAGCAUUUACAGGUGAUAUCGAUAUUGAUUCUGUCAAUACCGGGUCUAUUGGUUUGGCUGACUUGAGACACAAAUUAUCCAUCAUUCCACAAGAUUCGCAAGUCUUCGAAGGAACCAUCAAGUCCAACUUGGAUCCUACCAAUGAAUACAACGAUGAACAGAUUUGGAAAGCUCUUGAAUUAUCUCAUUUGAAAGAUCACGUCUUGAAGAUGUAUGAACAGAGAGAUAAGGAUCAAGAAUUAGAAUCUGCAUUGGAUGUAAAGUUGAGUGAAGGUGGUGCCAAUUUGUCUAUUGGACAGAAGCAGUUGAUGUGCUUAGGCAGAGUUCUUUUGAAGAUGAGUGCUUCAAACAUUUUGGUUUUAGAUGAAGCUACUGCUGCUGUCGAUGUAGAGACUGACCAGAUUCUUCAACAAACUAUCAGAUCUGAGUUCAAGGACAAAACAAUUAUUACCAUUGCUCAUAGAUUAAACACUAUCUUGGACUCUGACAGAAUUAUUGUGUUGGAGAAAGGUGAAGUAGCUGAAUUUGAUACCCCAGCUAACUUAUUGAAGAAGAAGGAUUCUUUAUUCUACUCCUUGUGUAAACAGGGUGGUUUUGUCGAAGACAACGAUGAGUAGUCGACUUAUCAGUAUAGACCUGUACAUUUUAGUAACUCUAAUACAAAAAAAAUUUCUAUC